GUGACCUGCCUCACUGACUACCGUCUGGUAGUGCUCGCUCCAACCGUAAUGAAUUACUUCAAGAGGUUGGUUAUGGCGUGAAUCAACUCCUGCCUCAGAUGACCUGGGUCCGCUCCAGUUUGCCUACCACCACAACAGGUCAACAGCAGAUGCAAUUUCUCUGGCUCUUCACUCUGCUCUGGACAACAGGAACAUAUACGUCAGGCUGCUGUUCAUUGACUAUAGCUUGGCGUUCAACACAAUCAUCCCAUCCAAACUCAUUACCGAACUUCAAGACCUGGCCCUCUGUACCUCUUUCUGCAACUGGAUACUCAACUUCCUCAUUGACAGACCUCAAUCAAAAACUGCCUUCAAAACCCAAUGUUUUCCUCCAUUCUGUACCGUUUCUUACGGUCAUUAGGACGAGCACAGCCACUUCCAUGCGACAAUGGAGUACAGCAAAGGGAGUUUCUGGAUACUAAGCAUACUACUUUGUUGUUUCCGAUUGCUGGGAAGAAGGGCUUUCUAGACCUGCCUGUGGUGGUUGAAGAUGAUUUAGAUGAACAAUUUGUCCGAGGACAUGGCCCUGGAGGUCAGGCAACCAACAAGACCAGUAACUGUGUUGUGCUCAAACAUGUUCCAUCUGGAAUUGUAGUAAAGUGCCAUCAAACCAGAUCAGUGGAUCAGAACAGAAAAAUAGCCAGAACAAUUUUGCAAGAAAAGCUCGAUGUCUAUUACAAAGGAAUAAACAGUGAAGUUGUGAAGGAAAAACAAGAACAGCAAAUGGAAAAACAAGAGAAGAAAAGGAAAGCAAAAGAUAAUUUGGAAAGAAAAGACAAUUUAAAAAUCUUUAAAAGAACCUACAGAUGCCACUUAACUGAAGUAACUUAAUCAUUUGAAUGAUUUCUUUCUAAACACCAUGUAUAGUCCCAUUAUCCAAUAAUAAACAACCAAUUUGAAA